UCCGUGCACGGCCUGGCCCCCGAGCAGCCCGUCACGCUGCGCGCGGCCCUGCGAGACGAGAAAGGCGCGCUCUUCCGCGCCCACGCGCGCUACCGCGCCGACGACCACGGCGGCCUGGACCUGGCGCGCGCGCCCGCGCUGGGCGGCAGCUUCGCCGGGAUCGAGCCCAUGGGGCUGCUCUGGGCUCUGGAGCCCGAACGGCCAUUCUGGCGCCUGAUCAAGCGCGACGUGCAGACGCCCUUCGUGGUGGAGCUGGAGGUGCUGGACGGCCACGAGCCCGACGGCGGGCGGCUGCUGGCGCGCGCGGUGCACGAGCGUCACUUCAUGGCUCCCGGGGUGCGGCGCGUGCCCGUGCGCGAGGGCCGUGUGCGCGCCAC